CCAUAUUCCAUCGCACCACACUCCGCGCCUGACUUUCUUUCUGCACUCUCCUUGCUCGAAGCAGUUGCCAUCAUGUCGACCGAGAAGCCCCUUCCCUUUGGCUACCAGUUUGCCGCCGGCGCCGUGGCCGGUGUCUCUGAAAUCCUGGUUAUGUACCCGCUUGAUGUCGUCAAGACCCGAGUACAGCUCCAAACCAGCAAGGCUGCCGGCGAGGAAUUUUACAAUGGCAUGUUCGACUGCUUCAGGAAGAUCAUCAAGAAUGAAGGCUUCUCCCGCCUCUACCGCGGCAUCAGCGCCCCCAUCCUGAUGGAGGCUCCCAAGAGGGCUACCAAGUUUGCUGCCAACGAUGAGUGGGGCAAGUUCUACCGCAAUCUCUUCGGCGCUGCGAAGAUGAACCAGCAACUCUCCAUUCUGACUGGUGCCACGGCCGGUGCAACCGAGUCUUUCGUCGUCGUUCCCUUUGAGCUGGUCAAGAUUAGGCUGCAAGACAAGGCUCAAGCUGGAAAGUACAAUGGCAUGAUGGACUGCGUCACCAAGAUUAUCAAGAACGAAGGUCCCUUGACUCUCUACCAGGGUCUGGAAAGCACCAUGUGGAGGCACAUUCUCUGGAAUGCUGGUUACUUUGGCUGUAUCUUCCAGGUUAGAGCUUUGCUCCCCCCGGCCCAGGACAAGAAGGGCCAGGUCAGGAACGACCUUCUAUCCGGUGCCAUCGGUGGUACUGUCGGUACCAUUAUCAACACCCCCAUGGACGUUGUCAAGUCGCGUAUCCAGAACUCGCCAAAGGUCGCCGGCACCGUGCCCAAGUACAACUGGGCAUGGCCCGCUCUCGGCACGGUCAUGAAGGAGGAAGGCUUCGGCGCGCUGUACAAGGGUUUCCUGCCCAAGGUGCUGCGUCUGGGCCCUGGUGGUGGUAUCCUGCUUGUCGUCUUCACGGGCGUCAUGGACUUCUUCAGGAAGAUGCGGGAGGGACAAUAGAUGGACGUUACCGCAUAGCCCCGGUUGUUUCUCCUGUCAUCGGUGAGCCACGGAUAGACUUGGAUGUUGGUAGCAUGUACGAUCAUCUGAUGAAGCUCACGCAUGUAGAGAUUCUAGUUCCAGUCACAGAGAACUUAGCUAGAUUUAGACGCCGGUCGUUCAAAUAACAUGACGUUGGCGCGCGACUAUAUGAGAACAGUAUUUGAACUACUGAGCUUUUGAGAACUUAUGUCAAUAGCUCAACAAAUAUGAAAAGUUGUUGCCUC